AUGGCAACGACACCGAAGUUAUGGCAGAGAGUCGCCUCGGUCUACCACGCAACAGAUGAGACAGACAGCACCGAAGCAAUGAGAUCCGAGAAGUUGUGGUACGAAGACAGCGAAACAACGACCAUUCACUAUUCUGGCAUCAUGCCCAUGUUCUCGUGUCAACUCAGCCACAGGGACGAUGGGAGCGUGUUCAACAUAAACCGCAGGGAGGGUAGGUCCACCAUCUCGCCCUAUGCGAGCCACCGAGUUGUCCUCCCGGCAACCCAAGUUUUUCGAGAGUGUGAGGACUACCUCCUGCCUCUUCGACCAUACGACAUCCCGCCCGUGUACGAUCCCGGCGAAAGAUUCCGAAGCUAUGGAGGAAAGAAGCAUUUUGAGAUGGUGUUGGUCCGACACGAAGACGUCGGGGAGGCAGAUUUCUUGAAUGAUCUUGAAUGGUCAAUGCUCCAGCAGUGGAGCCUGGAGAACCAUCCCUUCGUCCACCUUGACUGCGACGGGAACUUGAACUACCGCGUUAUCAAGGACGUUUGGUGGCUCAUCUUGACCCCGUACCAUGUCGCGAUUCCUGAUAACGCACAUUGGGAAGAUACUGAGUUCAGGCCAUCUGUUUGGAAACCCUCAGGUCGAAUGGAACCGAGGGAAGUUACCAAUCCGUUAACGAAGAAAUUGAUGAAGAACCUCCCAGGAUUGUUUGCUUUCGACGGGAAAGUAUGAAAGGGAGGGCGUUCGCCAUGGUGAAGUCCUGUGAUUGUAAGCUAAUAUGUACUGAGUGAUUUGUUGACCGGCGUAAGCCAAUGAACUGAGAUGAAUGGACCCAUAACUGGUCUAUGAU